AUGGACUGCAUUGCUAUACCUGGUGGAGAACGGCACGCCAAGAAGCUCAAGUUAUCAAACAGACAGUGUAGUAGAGUGUCACACAAUAAGUGGACGUUUCAAAAUGGCCUCUUUAUCGGCCACAAUACUGGCGGCAACACAACCAUUGAUAUAUUCGGUAAGGUUCGGGAACUGGAAGCAGACCACCAGUACGCGGCACAAAGGCACGAGGAGGAGAUAAAGGACCUCUUUCAAGUGGCCCGAGCACGGGAGCUGCAGAUGGCAGAAAGCAUCGAGGAACUUUCUCGUCUCAAGGACGACAAACUGAGUCAGGCAGCCUCCUUGAUUACACAGUACCGGUCCAUGCUGCUUAAGCUACGGGAAGAAAGCAGAACUGGCAUUGAGCUAUUUGACUCCACACUUGAAGCCUUUGGGAGGAAGCACAAGUGUUUGGCCAACAUGGCCACGGCCGCGCAAAGUCUUGCAAAUAAAACGGAACAAGAAAUGCAGCGGUUGCGAGAGGAGACUGUCGACCAUCUCCAUCAAGCUGAUCUCAAUUCAAAGGAAGUAUGGCGACUGGAAGAAGCAGUGGCUAAGAAGGACCGUCAGAUAACGUCACUGAAGAGAGACAUGACUGCCCUUGUCAGUGAAAUUGAAUUCUUGCGAGAUGAGCUGGCUCGGCAUCUUCCGGAGGACGACCGCUUCGUCAGUGAGCGAAUGUUCAGCGGGAAUCACGAAGUCACAGAUAUCCUCUCGCGUUUCAAAAAUAUGAAAACAGACUGGGACAUUUGA